AUGCUCGCCGCACGCCAACCCUCUGUCCUCCGCGACCGCCAGAACGAUCCCUCAAGCCCGCACCCAGCCCCAGCCCCAGCCCCAGCAGCCCGCAAGAUCGCCCGCGUCCCCGUCCCUCCCCUCAUACCCGUCUCCCAGAGCGCCCCGCCGCCGCCGCCGCCCCCUGCGCCUGCUCCCGCGCCCAGCACCCGAGUCCUGCUCGACAACGUCUGCCUCGCCGACGAGGGCUUCAUGCGCUGGAGCGCCCAGCGCUACAUCGCGCCCUCCAUGCCAGACACCUACGACCGCGCCCGCGCCCCCGCACACGACACCCUCAUCCACGACAUCCGCUUCUCCGGCGGCCGCGUCAAGUGCGUCGCCCUCCUCGCCCGCGACACCCUCGCCCUCCUCCCCACCGAGCCCAUCCCGCUCCCGCCUCCUCCCCCUCCCCCUCCCCCGCCCCCGCUCCCCUCCGCCCCGCUCCCGCCUCCUCCCCCUCCCCCUCCCCCGCCCCCGCUCCCCUCCGCCUCCGGCGACGCGGGCCUGCCCUUCAAGCUCUCGCUCUCCCCAGGCACCGGCCUCGGCCUCUUCGCAACGCGCCCCCUCGCCCCCGGCCACCUCCUCCUCCGCGAGCCCCCGCUCCUCCUCGUCCCCCUCGUCAUCCCCCUCGCCGCCCCGCCCACCCGCGGCCUCUCCAAAGCCCACAUCUUCCGCGCCCUCUUCGCGCGCCACGACGCGCGCACCCGCCGUCUGCUGCUGAGCCUCGCGAACGCGAAGCCCGCCGGGACGUGCUCGCAAGAGGAGGGCAUCGUGCGCACGAACGGCAUCGGCGUCGACCUGCGCACCAGCGCGCCCUCAACCACGCCCGUGCCCUCCAGCACUACCGCCGCCGCCGCGACGAGCGCGACGAGCGCGACGCACAACGGCCUCUUCCUCAUCACGAGCCGCGCGAACCACAGCUGCAGCCCCAACGCCGCCUACACCUGGCACCCCGCCCUCCUCACGCUCUCCCUCGCCGCCCUGCGCCCCAUCCGCGCCGGCGAGGAGAUCACGAUCGCGUACACGACCCUCACCGCCCCCGCGGCCUCGCGCCGCGCGACCCUGCGCGCGGCGUUCCAUUUCGCGUGCGCGUGCGCGCGCUGCGGGGCACGGCGCACGGAGGAGCAGGUGCUGGUGAGCGACCAGAAUAGGAUCGAGCUGGAUCGGUGGCGCGGGCGCGAUGAGCGCGACGGGGAGCUCGGGAUCGGGAUCGGGCUCGUCGACGCGGGCGCGCGCUUAGGCUCGGGCUCACGCCGCGCCGAGGGUGAGGCCAGCAGCAGGGCGAGCAGGGCCGCGGCGGUCCGGCGCGCGCUUGGCGCGCACGUGCGCGCGCUGGAGAUGCUCGAGGCGGAGGGGCUCUAUGCGCUGCGCGCGGCGCACUGCGAGGCGGUGGCGCGCGCGUGGGGGGCGUUGGGGGAGCGCGGGGCGUUUGUGGUGUGGGCGGGGAGGGCGGGGCGGGAGUGGGCGGGGGCUGUUUUGGGGGACGGGGGGGACGCGGAGGAGAGGGCGCGGAGGGUGCGGAUGUGUGAGGGGUGGGCGGGGGAGCCGGAGGGGUUUGAGUGUUGGGGGAGUGCGUACGCGGGGUCGGUGACGCGCCCCUGGGUGCUCUUCUGCCCUCUUUGCAACGUCGUGCCGUACGUACGGAGCAGGGAACGCAGGGCUCAGAGCGCCACACUUCAUGCGCAGAUGCGUGUUCUUCGAGCAUCCCUCGACCGCGACUCCCCCAGAGCCGGACCUAUUGCAGCCUACCGUCAGAUCGCCACCUGA